AUAGGUGAAGAAGCGCAUUGAUAAAUGCAGCUUCAUGUCAAUUAUCACACGUCAGGUUUCUGAUUACUUUUGUAGCAGCUGUUGAAAAUGUUGCGCCAAUUGUUUGUAUUUCUAUUGCUAGUCCAGCUGAGGGGCUUAGACGGCCAGCAAACACCUGAGGAGGAGCAAGGUGUGCGCUAUGCCAAUCGCUGUGAAGCCUGCAAAAUUCUUGCCGCCGAAUUGGAGGCGCGUUUGGGCGAAACCGGCAAAUCGCACGAUGUCAUUGAAAUUGGCUACUCCGUGGACGAUGUGCGUCCCAAGAAGCGCACCGAAUACCGACGCAGCGAGCUCCGUUUGCUGGAGUCCCUGGAGAAUGUGUGCGAGCGAGUGCUUGAGUACAAUUUGCACAAGGAGCGCACGGACAGCACAAGAUUCGCCAAGGGCAUGUCGCAGACCUUUCAAACGCUGCACGGCCUGGUGGACAAGGGCGUCAAGGUCGAUCUGGGCAUACCCUAUGAGCUGUGGGACAAGCCACCCGUCGAGGUCACCCAGAUGAAAAACCAAUGCGAAAACAUGCUGGAGGAGUACGAGGAUGCCAUCAGCAAUUGGUACUUCAAGCUGCAGCAGGACAAAUCCCUACAGCAGCAUCUGUGCGAGGAUCAUGUGCUCAAGCGGCCGGAGGAGCGCAAGUGUCUCAAAGAGCAGCUCACACAGCAGCCGGAGCGAAAGAAACAAAAGACCAAAGGCGACAAGCAGGAGUUGUAGUUGAUAUGGAACUAAGCGAGGAUGAGCUCUAAAUCAAUCCUAAACAUUGCCGUCUAGUGAACAAAGAGUAUUUAGUUAAGGUAGAAAACUUACUGUCUGUAUUCCGAAUGCUUCCAAAACUGACUGAACCACAAAAUGUUAUGGCACGACCUGCCCACUAUUGAUUGGCAGCCCAUUUAAUGUGGGCCGCACUGCGGCCUGGAAGGGCCUUAAAAAAUAAUGUGUACAACGUUUAUACGGAGCUUUUUUGUGUCGUGAUUAUAAGCAAACUUAUCAUGAAGUUAACUUUAAGUGGAAAAGUUCCCUGAAUUAUUGUUCCUUAAUAAAAUAAGCUGAAAGAUAUAAA